AUGAGGAAAACACCCAGCAAAUUAAAGAACUUAAGGCUCCGAGAAUCGUCUUCUAGAGACGAACCACCUAUUGCUGUGGUACCGAUAGCUACUGCUCCCCCAGAAGACGAGGAUGUUGAGGCUAUUGAGGCCGAAGAGUUUAUAGAGAGUACGUUUGCUGAUAUGGUGGAUGACGAUGAAGCUGAAGACGAGGCCAUGGGUUCUAAUUCCGAAUCCAAAUUGCCUAGAACCAAAAUCAUGCUCUCCAAAGUUGCCUCUGCCGCAGCCACGGCAAUGCUUAUCCGAACAAUAGCAAAAGACUUUCUUCCCGACGAAUUCAUCUACUACAUUUCAUGCAAGCUACGUAACUUCUUGAAUCAAUUCUCCUCCCACAUAACAAUGGUGGUCGAACAAUACGAUGGUCUUGUAGCCAACGAAAUCUACGAGGCAGCCGUCGUUUACCUCGGUUCCAAAGCUUCCUCCGCCAAUCGUCGAUUCAAGAUCAAGAAACCGCAUAAGGAGAAGUCUAUUUCCUUCGCUGUUGAUCGGAAUGAACAAUUAGAUGACGAAUUCGAAGGUGUCAAAAUCAAAUGGGUUUCCGUCUGUAAAGAACGCGACAACAGUGACUUCCCAAACAGUGACUUCCCAAACAGACGGUCUGAGAUAAGGUCGUUUGAGAUCAAUUUCCAUAAGAAGGACAAACAGAAGGUUCUUGAAUCUUACCUGCCUUAUGUUUUGAAACAGGCUCAGAUUGCUAAGAACUUGACUAAAUCAAUCAAGAUAUUCACCCUCGAUCCGUAUAAGUUGAGGUAUGGAGAUAUGUCGAAUGUGUGGAUACCGGUUCAUCUUGAUCAUCCAUCGAACUUUGAUACAUUGGCUAUGGAUUCGGAGAUGAAGAAGAUGAUCGUGAAUGAUCUGGAUCAGUUCGUCAGCGGGCGAGAGUAUUACAAGAAAGUUGGCAAGGCUUGGAAGAGAGGUUAUCUUCUUUAUGGACCACCUGGAACGGGGAAAUCGAGUUUGAUUGCUGCAAUGGCGAACCAUUUGAAAUUUGACGUAUACGAUUUGGAAUUGACAGCGUUGGAUAACAACACCGAUCUUCGGAAGCUGCUAUUGUUCACGGCGAACCGUUCGAUUUUGGUUGUGGAAGAUAUUGACUGCACAAUUCAGUUCCAUGACAGGGCCGGAGAGCAGCCGUCGGAUUCACCUCCAUCAUCCGGAGAGUCAAAGGAAAAUGAAAACAAAUACAAGGUAACAUUGUCCGGUUUCCUCAAUUUUGUGGAUGGGCUAUGGUCGGGUUGUGGUGACGAGCGGAUCAUAAUUUUCACCACGAAUCACAAAGAGAAACUCGACCCUGCAUUGCUACGCCCUGGUCGUAUGGACAUGAACAUCCACAUGUCUUAUUGUACUCUGAGCGGGUUCAGAUUGCUUGUUCAUAACUAUCUUGACGUCGAUGAUCACAACUCAUUCGAGGAAAUUGAAGAGCUGAUCGGAUCGGUCGAGGUGACUCCAGCUGAAGUGGCGGAGCAACUGUUGAAGUGUAAGGGAAACAAUGUUGAUGUAGCGCUUUCUAGUGUCUUAUCUUUUCUUAGUGACAAGAAGAAGGAAACUAUAAUGUCCCAAGAGAAACAAUUAGUUGUUGAAGAAAAAAGUGAGGAGAAAGUUCAUGAUUGCUAGA